GCAUGAUACUAGUAUUGGAAGUGGAGUUUAAUGUCUGAUUGGGAAACACUAAAAUUUUGUGUAAAGCUCUAUUCCAUGUUGCUCGUUAAGAAGAAGCAUUGAAGUGGAGUAAUGAGUGGAGUGUUUGAUAUCUUCAGACAUUAGUUUCCUUACAGGUCCAUAGGUUUGUCUAUUAUUAUAAUCUUACAUGUCGAUCAUGAAUUCAUUUUAUAUUUCUUUCAUGAUUUAAUUGUGGGUUAAGACUUUGUGAAUUAAGUCAGCAAGUUCAUUGAACUAAGAAAUAUGUCGCACAUUCACUGCGCAUGAUCUUCGGUUGCUUCUUGAUUAGCACACUGAGCACUGUGUAAUCCAACUUAAGAUGAGCGGUUUCCCAGGUGACCUUUCUGAAAGGCAGAAGGCUAAACUAGAAAAGUUAAAGGAAAAUGUUUCGGACAUCUCUGGACCAGAGCAUGAUGAUGCAGUAUUUCUCCGUUUCUUGCGUGCUAGGAAAUUUGACAUUGGUAGAGCAGAGUUGAUGUUCAGAAACGAUGUCAAAUGGAGAAAGGAGAACAACGUCAGCACUAUUCUAGAAACAUACCAGGUCCCAGAGGCUUUGAAAAAGUAUUGGUGUGGUGGUGUAUCUGGCUUGGAUAAAGAAGGCCAUGCUGUUUAUAUAUCACCCAUGGGCAACUUUGAUCCAAAAGGUGUAUUGUAUUCAGCCAAGACCAGUGAUAUCCUCAAGACCUAUGCACACUCACUCGAGGAAAUGAUUGACUGUCACAAGAAAUUAUCCGAACAGAGAGGGCAAAAGCAUACUGAAGGAUCUUUAAUGAUCUUUGACAUGGAGAAUCUUGGUGUACAUCAUCUAUGGAAACCUGGUAUAGAUAUCUUUAUCAAGAUGGCUGAAUUAGCUGAACAGCAUUAUCCCGAGCUUAUCCACCGCUUGUUUGUCAUCCGUGCUCCGAUGGUGUUUCCAGUGGCCUACACCAUCUUUAAACCAUUCUUACAGGAAGAUACACGGAGAAAACUACACGUAUUAGGAAGUAAUUGGAAGGAGGUAUUAUUGAAGCACAUCGACGCUGAUCAGCUACCAGUUUACUGGGGUGGAACUAAGACGGACCCUGAUGGAAAUGAGAUGUGUACUUCAUUGAUCAAAAUUGGAGGUACAAUCCCCACCUCCUUCUACCAGAAAGACCGUGAGCCGCCCCACACCUGGGCUACCCAUCAAGUAUCCAGGGCAGGGGUAGUUACCUUCGAGUAUCAGGUUAACAAACCUAACAGUGUCUUAAGGUAUGAGUUUCAGACAGACUGCAAUGACAUCAAGUUUGGCUUUGAUCGAGCAGAUGCGAAUGGUAAAAAGACUGCCAUUUUGAAACUGGAGAAAUACAACAGUCACAUGGUGCCAGAAAACGGUGAAGUCUUGAUAACCGAGCCAGGAAAAUAUAUCGUCACAUUUGACAAUCGUCACAGCUGGAUCCAGUCCAAGAAGCUUUCCUAUUGGUUGGAGCUCCUGGAACCUAGUGACGUCACGGAUAUCGAAUCGGAACAGUGAUAUCGUUAAAAGAUUCAUUUUAUUUGCUUCUAAAAUGAAUGAAACCCAUUAUAAGCUACUGAAAUUUCAAAUUGUCAUUAUUGGUCAAGGGCAUUAUUUAAACCCUUUUUACCAUUUUGCUACUAAAUAACUUUUAUGAAACAUCGCCAAGUUGCAAGGAUAUGAAUAUUCUGUAAGAUCUAAA